AUGCCUGUCACGACGAAGCCCUCCCUCAAGUCGGGGACAAAUCAGGACAAAGCGAUGACCAUUGAUACAAAUGGUAGGUCCAUUUUCGACCGUAUCACCUCCAAAUGCAUCAGCCCCCAUGCCGAAGACCCACGACGAAAAAGCAAGGAUAGUUCUGGCCGCGGCUUCAGUGAGUGCCCAAUUAUUGCCUCCUCCAUCUGUCCUAAGAAGACAGAGGAUAAGGAAUCCAUCGACGAGACUGUGACGGUGUCCGUGUCUUGGUACGAUAAUGGAUUUGUGGAAGGUAUCAUGCGCGCCUUCAACCAGGAUCUCGACCUAGUCAUCCGACCUGAUGAUGUGUGGCAGGCUAUCCUUUCACAGUUUAGCCUUUUCAUCAAUGGGCGUGGGAAUGCCGAGCGCCUGCGGCACAAGUUUGUCUCUCAUGAAGGAAAAAAGACUCUGGACCUCGAUUUAACAGCCACGAGCCUCUCCGAACUCGAUUUUAGCAAGGUGGCCCAGGAGUUUACCUCCCUCAUUCAGGAAAAUGUCGUUGAUCCAGAGCUGCGUGAGUGGAUGCUGCCGAACUUUUCCACCACAACAGACCAUGACAAGGCAGUGGCGGCUUUCAGUAUGAUGGGAGCAAUGCAAAAAUACUUCGAAUACGGUAUGUGUUUUGGAUGCGGCUUCCCAAGCGUGACGCUGUUGGGAACCCGAAAUGACUGGGAGAAGCUUGAACGUCGGGUCGACAAGCUGGACCAUUAUGGCAAGGAGUGUAAGGAUUGGGCUCAUCUGCUGCGGCCCAUUAUGGAUCGCAUGAAAAGAACCUUUGACGAACCAGACUCAAAAGAGAUUAAAGAUUUCUGGCUCAAUGUCGCGUGGGAGACGGCAGAUUCGCACAUGAGUGGUGACCCGUUGAAAAUCUCUGGUUGGAUCACGGCAUUUGCGUAUUUCAACGAUAACGGAAGCGUUGCGCAAGAUGAUUACGUCGGCGAACAGCUUGAGCUGGGCGGAGUGGUAUAUCCGAUUAUCCAUCCAAAUCACAUUCCGAGUAGCCUGGUCAUGGUCCCUAUAACAAUGACUGACCUUGAAGCGGGCGUGCGAACAUUCUCCACGGCCAUAGCGGGUACUAUUGGUAUGUCCAUCUCGGGUGGAAGCAAAUCCCAGCCAUUUUCGGCGUGGUGGGUUGUGCAAGAAUUCGAAGAAUCAAUUUAG